GGGGGGCCUGGGCUAAUCUUCCACGAGGAGCAUCUCGGGAAGUGGCGGGAGCUGCCGCUAUGGCGGCGCAGCAGGAGCCAGGACCGCCGCAGGAGAAAGGAGAUCAGCCGGAGAAAGGAGCGCAGGUAGCUGCCUGGUUGAAAAAAAUAUUUGGAGAUCAUCGCAUUCCACAAUAUGAGGUGAAUCCACGGACCACAGAGAUUCUGUAUCACCUUUCAGAACGCAACAAGGCCCGGGACAGGGAUGUCUCCCUGGUAAUAGAGGACUUGAAACAGAAAGCAAGCGAAUAUGAAUCAGAAGCUAAGCAUCUUCAAGACCUUCUCAUGGAGAGUGUGAAUUUUUCCCCCGCCAGUCUCUCUAGCACAGGUUCCAGGUAUCUGAAUGCUUUGGUUGACAUUGCAGUGGUGCUUGAAACAAAGGAUACCUCACUAACUAGUUUUAUUCCUGCAGUGAAUGAUUUGACCUCGGAUCUUUUUCAUACCAAAUCCAAAAAUGAAGAAAUCAAGCUUGAAUUGACAAAACUUGAAAAUAAUCUAACUGGAACUUUAGUAUUAGAAAAAUGUCUACAAGAGGAUCUCAAGAAAGCAGAGCAGCAUCUCUCUACAGAAAGGGCCAGAGUUGACCAUCGUCUUCAGAACAUGGACUUCCUAAAAGCAAAAUCAGAGGAGUUCAGAUCUGGGAUCAAAGCCGCAGAGGAACAACUUUCAGCCAGAGGCAUGGAUGCUUCUCUAUCUCACCAGUCACUAGUGGCACUAUCAGAGAAACUGGCAGAACUAAAACGACAGACUAGACCUUUGAAGAAAAAAUUGGAAUCCUAUUUAGAUUUAAUGCCGAAUCCAUCUCUUGCUCAAGUGAAAAUUGAAGAAGCAAAGAGAGAAUUGGAUACCAUUGAAGCUGAACUUACACAGAAAGUGGAGAUGAUGGAACUGUGACCGCAGCCAAAUGAACAUCGUUUUUCCUAACGGUAAAUUGAAUAGGGCUUCAAAGAAUGUUUUUUCGCUUGGCAUUCCUUAGUGACUUAAUUUCUGUGUUCUUAGAUGAGAUAAUAACGUCAUUAUUGAUAGAAUACUGGUUUCUGCUUGUAUAUUGCAUUUUUGUGCCCAAGUACAAAACAG